UUUUCUCCUGGUCAUCUUCUUCUUCGGCGUCGGCGUUUUCAAAGGUCGGAUUUGUGGGAUGGUCCAAUUGUAUUUAGGGAUGGUGAAGUCACGUUCCCAUUUUGACCAAGAGCACAACUAGCUGGAUUGUUAUUCUCUCAGCCUCAGGAUACAUGCUGAUAAGAACCAGAAAUUGAGAAAGAAAGCAGAGAAACGGAAUAGAGAAGGGUUUGUAUAUCCUGUGGGCAGAGGAUAAGAAGUUAUUAUUAGGGCACGCGGGAUAGAUAAAUCCAAUAGAGAAGGGUGUAUGAGAAGGAAGAAACAGAAUACAGAGAGAAAAGAGAGAAAAGAGUAUAAUUAGUUAACAAACAUCAUGGAUCUCACCAAGUUGGCUGGAGAAAUUGGCCCUGUAUCACACGCCCCUCCAUCAAAUCCUGUUGACAUCAUUGGAGCUUCCUGCAACUAUUAUGUUGCAGGUGAAGAAGCCAAGAAUAUGAAUAGAAGUUAAAAAACCCAGUUCACAUGGCAUACUUCUAUCGCAUGGUGGCAUUUUCAGCACUGUACAGCCAGUUGCAACUCACUGCCAAGAAAAGCUGGAAAUGAGGUGAUAUUGUCCUGUUGGCUGGUGCACCACACCCUAUUAGACAACUAAUUUUAUGAACAAUUAGUUUUCUCCUUGUCUCGUUGUAAGAAGAGGUAGUACCUGAAUUAAAUCAUAUUCAGGUAGAAAUUAAUGUCUAACUACAAUAUUUUGCAGCGUAGUUGGGACUGCACAUGGCUCCCAAUUAAUCAUGAAGAUAGAAAAGAGAGAACUGUUAAUAAAAAUAUGGAUCUUAAUGAGUGCAGAGCUAAAUGCUCAGAGAAUUGUUCUUUUAUGGCCUAUGCAACCUUGGAUAUUAAAGAACCUAGUGGCUGUGCAAGCUGGAAGAGAAAAUAGCAGGAGUGACGAAAGGCAAAAUGAAGAUAUGGAACUCCCAGUAUUUGAGUUAGAUGCAAUAUCGAAGGCUACCAAUAACUUCUCCUUAAGCAACAAGCUAGGACAAGGUGGCUUUGGGCCUGUAUACAAGGGUACUCUGCCAGAUGGAAAACAAAUUGCUGUGAAGAGACUUUCAAGAAGCUCUGGACAAGGAUUAGUUGAGUUCAAGAAUGAAGUAGCACUUAUAGUCCAACUUCAACAUCGAAAUCUUGUAAAACUUCUAGGAUGCUGCGUUGAGGAGAAAAUGCUAGUUUAUGAAUAUCUGCCUAAUAAAAGUUUGGACUUCUUCAUUUUUGAUGAUAGAAGAAGAGGGCUAUUAGACUGGCCAAGGCGUUUUCACAUUAUUUGUGGAAUUGCUAGAGGACUUGUCUAUUUACAUCAAGAUUCAAGAUUGAGGAUCAUCCAUAGAGAUCUCAAAGCAAGCAACAUUUUACUUGACAGUGAAAUGAAUCCCAAAAUUUCAGAUUUCGGCAUGGCUAGAACAUUUGGAGAACACUCUGAGGGUAGCACAGAGAGAGUGGUUGGAACCUAAUUCUCAUGUGGAAUUGAUAUCAUCAACUUAUCCACCAAUCUUAGUGAUGGUGGAACCUUAGUUUCUAGUGAUGAAAGCUUUGAACUGGGCUUCUUCAGCUCAGGAAGCUCUGCCAAGAGCCGUUACUUGGGAAUUUGGUACAAGAAUAUCCCAGUUCAAACUAUUGUUUGGGUUGCAAACAGGUGUAACCCGAUUAAUGACACGUCUGGCGUUUUGAUGAUAAACAGCACAGGCAAUCUGUUACUCCUCAAUCAAAGCAGCGGGAGUGUUGUCUGGGCAGCAAACUCAAAGAAAGAAGCUCAAAACCCAGUAGUGCAGCUCCUGGAUUCUGGAAAUCUUGUUCUACAGGACAGAAAUGCUGCACUACCGCCUUGUCAAUGUUUAAGAGGUUUCAAGCCAAAAUCGCAAGAAGAAAGCUCAGUGGACUGGCUUCAGGGAUGCGUGCGCAAUAAACCUUUAGCUUGCCACGAAGGUGAUGGGUUUAUCAAAUUUGGUGGGCUGAAACUGCCAGAUACUGCACAUUCUUGGGUGAAUAAAAGUAUGAACCUCAAGGAGUGCAGGGCUAAAUGCUUAGAGAAUUGUUCCUGUAUGGCCUAUACAACCUUGAAUAUUAAAGAAUCCAGCGGUUGUGCAAUUUGGUUUGAUGAUCUAAUUGAUCUUAGACAGGUCCAAUCUUCUGGACAAGAUUUAUAUGUUCGAAUGGCUGCUUCUGAUUCAGACCAUGAAGAGACAAAAGGCGAGACAAAAGGCAAGACUAAAAUGAAGGCAGGACUGAUAAUUGCAAAAAGAAGAAAUGGCACGAGCAAUGAAGGGCAAAAUGAAGAUAUCGAACUCUCAUUAUUUGAAUUAGCGGUAAUAUCCAGGGCCACCAAUGACUUCUCUUCCCACAACAAGCUAGGAGAAGGUGGCUUUGGUCCUGUAUACAAGGGUACUCUGCCAGACGGAAAAGAAAUUGCUGUGAAGAGGCUCUCCAGAAGCUCUGAGCAAGGAUUAGUAGAGUUUAAAAAUGAAGUAGCACUUAUAGCUAAACUUCAACAUCGAAAUCUUGUAAAGCUUCUAGGAUGUUGCAUUCAGGGGGAUGAGAAACUGCUGAUUUAUGAAUAUAUGCCUAAUAAAAGUUUGGACUUCUUCAUUUUUGACCACACAAGAAGAAAUCUAUUGGACUGGCCAAGGCGUUUUCAUAUUAUUUGUGGAAUUGCUAGAGGGCUUCUUUAUCUACAUCAAGAUUCUCGGCUGAGGAUCAUCCAUAGAGAUCUCAAAGCAAGCAAUGUUUUGCUUGAUAGUGAAAUGAACCCCAAAAUUUCAGAUUUUGGCAUGGCUAGAACGUUUGGAGGAGAACAAUCUGAGGAAAACACAAGGAGGGUGGUUGGAACCUACGGUUAUAUGGCACCAGAAUAUGCCAUUGACGGGCAAUUCUCUAUAAAAUCUGAUGUUUUCAGCUUUGGAAUACUAUUGCUGGAAAUAAUAAGUGGAAUGAAGAAUAAAGGGUUUUACCAUGUCAACCACAGUGUUAACCUUAUUGGCAAUGCAUGGAGAUUGUGGAAGGAGGGAAAUCCUUCAAAACUGAUUGAUUCAUUUGUAAUGGAGUCUUGCAAUCUAUCUGAAGUAUUAAGGUGCAUCCACAUUAGUCUCUUAUGUGUUCAACAACACCCUGAGGAUAGGCCAAAUAUGUCAUCUGUGGUUUUCAUGCUGGGUAGGGAGACUGCGCUAGGACAACCCAAAGAACCCGGUUUCAUUGUUGACAAGAAAUCACUUGAAACAAAUUCUUCAUUUAUCAAACUUGAAUCAUCUUCAACUAAUGAACUUACCCUGUCAGUAUUGGAGGCUCGAUAAAGGCUUAUUAUUCAAAUUCUACAUGCUUUAUGGUGCUGAUAAUAUUAACUGAAUAAUGUGUACAAAUGCAU